AAAAAUUCUUAUCAAUGAAGAGGGUGACGUCAAUGAGCCAGAGUGACGUGUAAUCACGUGGGCGCUGCGGGACCGAAAUAAAAACACGGAGAGCUGACCGUGGUGCUGAAAAUAUGCCCAUAGCGCCGUGAAAGAAACCCCAACCAUACGGCAUACACAAACGACAUCCUCGUACAAAGAAAACAGCAACAUUCAAACAAAACACUUAUUUUUGAAGUAGAUUCUUACACGUAGCCUAAAUCACAAGACUAACUUGAAUACAAAGUUUGAAGAGGACACAAUAAGUGCGCCGGACUGCGCAGCACCGGACAGGAUUCCCGCUCAACACCCGAUGCACAGACAUGACCUGGUGCCAACAAACUUCAAAUAUCCCAGUCAUUGUCCUCUUAAUUUUAAUCAGUUUUACAUUCAAGCCUGCAACCUUCAGUCCAGUGACAGCAGAGAGAAACACAGCAAGAGAUAACUAUGCAGAAUCCUCCUCUACGCAGCAACAGGCUCAAUCUAUUCAACGAGCUGAGGAACAGGGCAUGGCACAAGAUAAACAUGAAGAAGAUGAGCUUUUUAAAGACGUUGAUCCCAAAACCUUAGCAGCAGUCCUUGUUGAGGCUCUCAAUAAGCCCCAGGGGGAAAAGAUGAGUGAAAGAGAAAACAAAGGAACAGAAGAGGAAAAGGAGAGAGAUAUUCAUGGUGUAGACAGAGACAGAGAUGGUCAUCAAGAGCUGGAGCUGGCCAUUGCAGUUGCUGCAGCACAAGGAAAAGAAGAGAAAGAAAGAGAGGAGGAAGAGGAGAAAAAAAGAGCUGAGGAGGAGGAACGGCUAACAGAGAAAGUGACAAGCCACACCACCAGCCAAACAUCACCAUUAAAAGAGCAGGUGGCACCACAGGUUGGGGCCACCAAAGAGGAGGUGAUCAAGGAGGAGGAUAGGCAGGAGGCCAAGAAAAAAGGAUUGGGGGAGGAGGAAGAGCAGCUGAGCCCAGAGGAAGUGAAGAAUCUGGAGGCCAUAUUAGAGGAAUUUCAGAGCUACAGCACAGCCACUAAGAGAGAGCGUGACACUUCCACAGGCCAAAGGGAGAGCCGUGGGGACUAUUUUGAUUACCUGGACCGUAAUGGCAUCAUGAACAAUGAGAUCAAGCCCAAAGCCAAUGGUAAUAAUCUAGCCCUGUCCAAAAAGAAGCUGAAGUGGCAGCUCGAACAAGAGAAGAAGAAAAUUCAGCCCUUACACAAAGGGGGAAACUUCAUGGAUGACCUUAGCAACAACCUUAGUGACCCAGAGGAUGAAGAUGAGGAGGAUGAAGAAUUGCUGAGCCCUGAAGAAGAGGAAGCUCGGGCCAAAGCAGAGCAAGAGGAGGUACGCAGACAGGCAGCAGAAGCCCAAAGAGCAAAGGUAGAGGAGGAAAAGCUAGCAGACAUUGCUUCGGACAUGCUGCUGAAAUACAUAGUCAAACAGGAUAAGAAAAAUUAUCAGGACAGCAAUGGUGCAGAAGAUAAGCGCUCUGAUGAGGAAGACGCAAAUGAUGAUGAUGAAGACAUUGACCCACAGACCAUUGAUAAGUUGAUUGAAAUCUCCAGUAAGCUGCAUCUUCCAGCUGAUGAUGUGGUUGACAUAAUUAGCGAUGUGGAGAAGAAGAAAAAAGAUGCUCCUGAAAAUCUACCAUGGCAACGUCCUCUUCUACAGCCUCCAGCUCCUGCUGCGCCUUCUACACCGUUGCGUAAACCUCCCUCAAAUCCUCCCCAACCUAACACAAGCCCAUUAAAAGCCUGGUUCAAAGACAGGGUUUCAGUCAAGCCAAGCAAUCAAGACAUUUGGACGAAGCAGCAGUGGCCCUUUCGUACCUACCCCUCCUACAACUUUUAUCAAAAACCCUAUCGAGGGUAUUACCCCAUCUACAUCCCACCUCAAAAAACAAAAUCCCACUAUUAUUCCAAGCCCCCUUUCUCCUUCAGUGAUGUCCUUGGAAACUCCCUGGACUAUGACUUUGAUUACUCCCCCAGACGAAAGUCCCAUCCCUGGACGCAGUCUCAUCCGAGGAUCCCACCAGCCUUUCAGCGGAAAAUCUACUUCCCAAACUACAUUGUCCCUCACCCCCGGACCUUUAAAGCUGUACCAAUGCCUAAACCCCGAUCACCUCCACGUCGUUGGCCAUCCUUUUAUUACCAAGCCCGAGCUCCUCUAGUCAACAGGGAGGACGAUUACUACAAUCCGCUGAGGCAGCCACCACAGGACAGUGAAGAGGAGCUCGAGAACUUUAUUGGGAGGGUCCUCAUGAAACAUCCCCAGAUGUUUCAGUGAGCAGAGUACAAAAAAACAGAGUAAUGAGGAGGAGGACAAAGAGAAGAAAGGGAACCAUUUAAAGUUCAUAGCCAACCUGUUUCUUUCCAAAAAAUUAAGUUCCCUCACACUCCUUUAUUUGUUAUUUCUGAUUUAGUUCUGAGAGUAGAUGAGCUUUUUCCAAGCGCUCAUUUCAGUUGAACAAAAAAGCUUACACUUAAACAGAACUUAAGACAGAAAGGAUUCAAUAUCUUUAUGUCCAUCUAACCAAUCUUUCACCCUCCUCCUCCUAGACAGACUGAAAGACCAGCAAAGGUGAGAGGAACGGGUGCUUUUUCCCACCACAUCUCAAAUACCCAACAUAGACUCCAAGCUCUGAAUACCCCAAGAAGGCCUUUAGAAAGGAGCAGAUACCUGAUAGCAUGACACACUAUAUUUCCAUCCCAGAUAACGAUGUUUAAGUUGGAAUCUCAGUGCAUUAUGCACUUUUAGAGACUUGCAAUUACUAUGGAAGCAACUCCAUUAUCUAAGCCUUACCUCAUAGUAACUUUUGUUCUGAUUGUUUUUGUUUUUGUUUAGUUUCAAAACCCAGUUGUCAAUGUCAAGGAUCAUUAAAUAGAAAGAUGACAAAAAAUAUUUGAAAUGCACCUUUAAAGAUUGCAUAGUCUGAACACAGAUGACUUAUUCUUUAUAAAAAUUAAACCGUCACAGUGCCAUAUUGGUGGAUAUAUACAUUUUGUUUAUUCUAAACACCAAAUGUAUUAUGAUUUAUCUGUACUUCAAAGUAUUCUGCUUGAUAAUUUUCCAUUUGUGCGUUCCCUUGUGAAACAAAGAGAACACACUAAGUCUUGUACAUAAAAUUAUUUUGUUAACGUUGUCUGCAUUUUGAAAUUUUUUCUUCAGUGGGUUUAUACCACUGUUUUUUUCAUGCAAAAAAGAUAGCAAGGUGGUGCAAAGCAUGUUCAUACAUUCCAAAAAUUUCUAUGAAUCAAAGGUUAUUUCAUAGAAGCUGUUUUGAAUACAACUUUUAAUUGCCUUAAGACACUCUCUUCCCCUUUUGGACAAGCAUCAAAAACUGCUGAAAUGAUUGUUCUCAGGCUCAUAAGCGAAAACCAUUAUAUAAUGGAGCUGUAAAGCAGUGAUAAGCCUUUUGGUUAGUAAAAUUUUUUUAAAAUAGAUCAAUAUAAAUAUACUAUAUACAUAUAUAUAUAUAUAUAUAUAUAUAUAUAUAUAUAUAUAUAUAUAUAUAUAUAUAUAUAUAUCCUAUUUGUGGUUUUAAAGAUGUCAAAUGUUAAUGGAUUAUUAAAAUGUCCCUACGUAAGUUGCAUGGCUAAAUCAAUCACUGGGCCAAUGAGAGCUCAAUCGAAAUAGCAUAGACAAUCUAUUUAUCAAAACUGAUCAUGGUUCAUAUUGGAAGGUACUGAUCUAGAUCUACCCAACAUCAAUGUUUUGAUUCCAUCUUACUGGAGAUGCACUCUCCAUUCCAAACAGACGGACGCUAAGGGAAAAAAAUGGACCAGAAAAACUGAAACAAAGGAGUGUCUGCACGUUACUGUAAACUUGCAUCUAAACUGUGUUGCUUCUUUGAAGACUUUUAUGAGCAUUGAAAAAGUAUUUAAAAAAAAUAUGAAUGAUUAGUGUACCUAAGUAAAAUCCCAUUGAGUCAUGUUUAUGUCCUUUCUAGAUGUAUCUUGUAUGUACAAUAAUAAACAUGCGUUUGCUGGAUGUAAAUAA